AUGGGGAAGAGGUUCAGGCUCCGCAUAUCGCGGGUGAUCCCGUCCUUCCAAUCAUGCCGAUCAAAGGAUGACGCGGCGGUGGCGACCGGCGGCGCCGCCGACCUGUUCGAGGUCAAACGCAAGGCGGUCAGCCAGCUUCAGACCAGUUCGAGGUCAAAAGCAUCCCAGAGCUUCGAAUCCGAGGAGCUCUCCGUCCAUGGCUCGAAACAGAGAGACGCCUCCUCAGCGUUCCUCUGGGAGAGAGAUGAUCACUGGCACGUCCUCUCUCGCGUUGACUCCUCCCCGCGCCGCAAGAUCGACUCAGACAACAUGCUGAAGUCAACCAGCGAAGAUGACGACGACGAGGGAUCAGAGACGCCGGAGUCUUCUCACCGGAGUUUCUCGAAUUUUCUUCCCACUCUGAACCCGAUCUUCGAGCCCUGCGAUUCCUCGCCGGCGCAACGCCGGCGACAACUGACGGCGGGGAGCUUCGCGGUAGUGGUGAAGAUGUCGGAGGAUCCGUACGGCGACUUCCGGAGGUCGAUGAUGGAGAUGGUGGCAGAGAAGAGGAUCUACGACGAGGGGGAGCUGGAGCAGCUGCUACGGUGCUUCCUGUCCCUCAAUUCACAACGCCACCACGCCGCCGUCCUCCGCGCCUUCGCCGCAGUGUGGGCCGCCGUGUUCCCCGGCGCCGCCGCCGCAACGCCGGCCGCCAAUUUUCCUCAUCGAACGGUUGGAGAAAGCUGA